AUCAAGAACAAAAAAGAAAAUCAAGCGGCACAAACACUUGCAGCCAAUGAUGCGACUGCACUGAUUAGUCGAAACAAAAAGGGGGGCAACAAUAUUCACGACAACAGCAAGAAUGUGACCAGCAAUGUCAACCACAGUAUGACCUGUAAUGGUACAAAAGGGAUCAUUAGUGGGGUUCCCAGCGAAAUGAACAGAAAAAUGACCUUGACUACCCCAAUCAAGGUCAAUUCUAAAAGUGAUGCAGACAACUCAGGCCGUGAUGGAAAAGUUUCGAUGACAGCCGCAACCAACAUUGGAGAAGAAUCAACUUUCGCCGAACCAGCAAAAGAUUCGAUUUUUCAGCGAUUGUCGGAAAAAGACCAGGACAACGAAAAUGGCGAAGAACACUUCGUCAAAGUUCAAAAAGACGUUCUCGAAAGCAUUUCAGAAAAAAAUGGUAUCGAGUUAAAACAAGACAAUUGCGAAAGUUCUUUGUGAUAUCUGUGUACGCUUCACUUAAAAGUUGUUGUAUAUAUGGCGUAUGUACGAGCAAAGCAGAAUACUUAAUUUUGCAGGCGCUUAAAUUUCUUUCUUCUAUUAUAUCUACUUUGUCGUUUGAUGUUAAAUACGAACAGCUUCAACGAGGAUUGC